CUUGUCUGUUCACCACAGCAUUCGUGUGUCGUGCCUUCCUUUGCCUUUCCUACAUGCAUGAAACAUUUAUCUCUUGUUAUUUAUCUCUGGUUGAGGACUGACUUAACCGCAUUAUUUCUGAGUAAAAAUGCCAGAAACAGCUUUGAAAGAUAAUGUUCUCUUUAUAGAAGGUUAUGCCAAAAGAAAUAAUAAUCAUUCAAAUGAAUCAUUCACUCUUGCUCAGAGAGAGAUAAUGCACUUAAAAAAGAAUAUGAAGAAUAUGGGUAACCAAACAGGCCCAGGGCCCCAUUGACUUACAUAGUAUGGAUGGGGCCCAUCAACUGUUUGGUUACCCUUUUUUUUUUUUUUUUUUUUUUUUUUUUUUAAUAUCUUCUUUUGUGUUCAGCAGAAAGAAAUUCAUUCAGGUUUGUAUGAGGGUGAGUAAAUGAUGACAGAAUUUUUGGGUGAACUAUCACUUUAAGUCUGUCCUCAACCAGAGAUUCUCUUUUUUGUGAUAAAUUUACAUCAGCUCUUUAAGUUGAUAUAGAGAUAUUUUUUCUUCAUUUGUCUUUCCCAGGAUGGGGACAAACUUGAACAGUCUUAUUCUUGCACCAGCCAACUCUCCGCUCCAAUAUCCAAUCACAGGUUUCACAAUCCCUCCAAUGAAAAAAUCUGUAAUACCAGGUCUUGCUCUUCAAGCACAAAAGAGGCAGGUGUACAAGGUGUCUUUGAGUGUAAAGAGUGGAGUGCUCUCAGUGGAGGAUGUUCUGGAUGAACAGCAGGUGGAUGGACAGGGUCAGAGUGAACUGAGCAUCUCAUCCAGCAACCUCACACAACUCAAUGAUCUGCUGUCCAGAGUGACAUACACCAGCACCAUCUACCAUGUCAGAACAUCAGACCUGGUUCAUUUCUCUUUUGAGGAACAUGAGGCCAUAUUUCCCAUCAUGAUUAGGAGACCAAUAGUUCCUGUUCUUUAUGACCCAGGAAACGAUAUCAACUCGCAAGUAACCAUAAUAACCAAGACAUUUCUGAGGUAUAAGGAGCUGAAAGUCCUCAUCCAGAGUAUCCGGAAGUUUUACCCAAAUAUCAAGAUCAUUAUUGCAGAUGACAGCCUGAAGCCUGAGAAGGUGUCUGGAAACAACAUAGAGCACUACAUCAUGCCUCCUGCACAGGGCUGGUUUGCAGGCAGGAAUCUGGCUGUGUCACAAGUCACCACCAAAUACUUCCUGUGGGUUGAUGAUGACUUUGUAUUUUUGAAUGGGACCCGGAUUGAGAGCUUUGUAGAGAUUAUGGAGGCAGUUCCAGAACUGGAUAUCCUUGGUGGUGAGGUAUCAGGUGAUCAGUAUUAUUUCAGUUUUGAGUAUGAAGAGGGAGAUGAAGUGGAUGGCGGCUGCCUAAGACGUGUUAAAAAAGUAUUUCAUCAGCCACUUCCGUACUUCGAUGACUGCUUUCUAGUAGAUGGAGUUGUAAAUUAUUUUUUGGGUCGGACGGAUGCAGUGAGAAGGGUUGGCUUUGACCCGUUCCUGAAAAGAGUGGGUCACUCUGAAUUCUUCAUGGAUGGACUUGGCCGGCUGUUGGUUGCGUCUUGUAAAGGCCUUUCCAUUGGCCACCAGAAACAUAAGCAUCGGGGCAAAUAUUUGUCCUUCAGGGCUCAGAAGAAAGCUGAUGCGAGGAAAAAACUGUCUCAUCAUUUCUUUAAGAACUACCUGCAAUACAUCAAGUUCUGAAGGGCUUUUGUCCUCCUCUCCCUUUUAUAAGGCCUUCUUUUAGGGAAUUGUUGUUUAACAAUAUACUUUGUUUUUGACCAGGGGUCAAUUCUUUGUACCUCGCUUUAUACAUCUGAAAUGAUUUGACAGAUACCAGAUCUUCUAAUUGUGAUAACUUAUUAUUAGGCUAUUAUUAUUUUAUUUUAUUGUUUUAUAACUCUUUUAUUGUUUUAUUACUCUUGUAAGAAAGUAGCAGUAGCUACAGCACACUUUAAGUAUCACCUCCGCUUAAAAAGAUGCAAUCUAAACCUGUUUACAUGAAAUAAGUCUGCUUCCAAGCAGGUUUGAGCUUACGGACCUGUUGCUAUGACAGCAACUCCGGGAUGAGCUUUGAAAAACCAAACAAUCCUGGAUCAUGUCAAAUUGUCAAAUCGUCAACAGUAAAAUCCAAAUAACUGAGUAAUCCACAUACAAAAAACAGGCCUUCCGGAACAUUUUGACUAGAGUUUCGGAUUUAGUUUUGCUUGCCAGAAAGUGACAAGUGCUUAACCAAUAGCCAUUGGUUGCUUUGGCUUAAUAUUCAAUUUUUACAAUUUUUAAUGUAACUUUUUUUGUAAACAAGGAAGGAAAAGUUGACCCAGUGGCUCUUUAUCAGACAAUGUAUCAUGAAGACAAUCAUUGUAAAUAUAUAUAUAUAUAUUUUUUUUUUUUGCAGUUGAGCACCCUCAUUGAGCUUUUUUGCCUGUUAGAUGUGCACAAUUUGUGUUGAAUCUUUAUGUUUUAAAGAACUUUUUUUGUAAAAUUGUAAUACUUUUUGCCCAUUGGUGCUACACAUAUGUACAUAAUAACAGAAUUAAACUGAAAUAGAUAGCUUUAGCAUGUUGCUAAAAAUCCAGAAUUUCUAUUGAUUCUAUAGACUUUUUCCACAGAAAAAUGAUUGAGAUGAUUGUUGGCUACAAGUUGCAUGCUGAGGUCUGCAGCGUCACUGUGUCUGUAUUGUUACAUAAAUAAUAGAUGAAUAAACAGAUGAUGUUCUAGAAUAAAUAAGAGAUGAUAUUCUGUUAAUGUAUGUAUAAGAUGCCAGUGACUGAGUGAAUGUCUCCACACACAAUGCUAAACAUGUUUGGUCAGCAUUAUACUGUGCUAAUAUUUUGUAAUCAAUUUAUAUAUAUAAUCCACUCCAAUUUUCUUGACCUUUAAGAUCUCUAAAUGAAGUUUUGUCAAUGCAUCAAGAAUAUAUAAAUGUAAAUGACAUUAUAUUCUGCAGGUAUGUGAACUGCUGUAAAUUGUGUUGGAAAACUAAAAAUAUUUUUUGCCCUUAAUUCCUCAAUGAAUAAUCUUGCACAGUGAAGUUUUCGGUCCCUAUGUUUAUUCAAUAUGGCCAGAAGAGCUCAAUGUUAUUGUUGCAUACAUACACAAAGAUAAAUUUAUGUAUGUAUGCAUAAAUUAAGUACCUUUUACUUAAGUAAAAUUAUCUGCCAGCGUGGUAAUAAAAAUAAUCUUAAUGCAAACGGAAAACAAGAUUAUUCAGAGUCACGUGUCUGUCGCGGAGACAGCCAUGUAGCACAAGCAAUAAGGAUUAAAUUAAGCAAAGUUUAACACUAAUCAAGGAUUUGUUGAUCUGGGUUUUAUUUUAAAUCGAGUUGUGUUGCACCACUUAAUUUUAAACACAUAUAACUACGCAGAAAGACCGUUAGUAUUAAAGGGCUGAUCAAGCAGUAUAGGCGGAGGGUGAACCAACGCCAGGCUAAAGAAUCCUUAGUGCAACCCACCCUUAAAGUGCCGUAAUGUACUAAAACAGUGAUAUUAAAAAAUCAAAUUCAGUUUAACCUUUUUUGAUGAAGCAUACUAUAUACAAGCGAGCAGAUGAGCCCAGAAUAUGAAUGCAACGCGUUUUCUUUAUAAUGGUUUUCGAUGGAAAAAACGUUUACGAGAAACCUCGUGUUGCAUUAAUAUUCUGUGUUCAUUUGUUUGCCUGUACAAAGUAUGCAUAAUCAAUUUGGUCUUCAGGGCUUUUAAUAUCACUGUCUUACUACAUUAGCUCUUACUACAAACCUGGUAAAAAUGACUGCCGGCCAAUGGAGGAAAGCAUUGUUUUGCCCACCAGGGGGGCGUUCCCCUCAGGGCGUGACGUCACGUGAAAACUAUCACUAAGUGCGAAAUUACAGGAGCUCCGCCCACCAAUGUCACACAAGGUUAAAAACGAUACACGUGUUUAAUGUCUUUAGUGGUGUAGGUAGUAGCCCGUAGGGCGCUGAGAACUAACUUGUGACGCGACUGGUUGGGGUUCGAAUCCACCUUUUGCCGAGCUUGCUCUUCUCCGUUUUCCCAUUACAUAUCACAUCAGAAAGGCAUGUACACGGAUGUAUGUUUUGGUGCUACUCAUUCUGCUGUUCCCUGGUUCUCUGGUCUCUGUGGUUUUGUUAUGUUUAUUUUGUUAUUAAACUAUUUUGCGUUUGGAUCCAGCUCUCCCUUUGUUUUUUGAGUUCACCCAGCGUUACAGUGUCAGUAAGUUUCAAUGUUACGUUCUGUUGCAUAAACUAUAAAAAUGUGAUGCAUGAACAGUUAUUUUAUUAAUGAAUAACUACACACGAACAAAUGAGUAAUACAAUAUUAACAUUUUAGUAACUGCUAUUACCUAACCUAAUAUUAUGCAAUGCUCAGGUAGUUACACACAGUCAUGAAUAAUCAUAAAGCAAAUUAAAGUGUGCUAAACAGACAUCUUUAAUGAAUUAACACAAUCUAUGUGCAUUCUGUGUUAAAUGUAUGUAAUUAUAUUGAGGAAAAAACUUCUACAAUAUGUGAAAGGUGAGUUGACCAUUUCCAUUGAUUGUGUUUUUAGCAUGCACAUGAAUAAUUAAUGUUACCUUUUCCACUAUAUAACAGUUUUUUCAUGUUUUUAUUAGCAGGUUUUAAUGUCUCUGUGUUUGGCCAUGUCUCUUGUUUUCUAAAAAUGUAAGGUCAUGCUGUCUGAUUAGGUUACAUGC